GGAUGACGGCUGAGAUGAAACCGAAAGUAAAUGCGUUAUUAUGUUCAAGAUCCAUUUUGAGACGACAGAGCAGAAAACACUAUAUAGAGUAAGAAAUAAAAUGUCUCAACAAUCAGUCUGCUUGGUGUGGAGGAGGAAAUAUAUCUUUCUGUAGCGACACUGAAUUCUGUCUGGAUAAAGUGUGUGUGGAUACGCCACGAGGCCCAGAGAGCAGUCUCCAGUACCCAGCUGUCUGUCUAUGAAGAGUGACUUCUCAAUGGAUCACCCUGUCAAUUUGAGUGGUGGAUCAGGGACCUUUGACCCCAGAAGCUCCAACCAAACUCAGAGAUCAGUGUCUCCAGUACCAAGUUGUCUGUCCAUGAAGAGUGACUUCUCUAUGGAUCAUCCUGGCAAUUUUAGUGGUGGAUCAGGGACCCUUGACCCUAGAAGCUCCAUCCAGAGAUCAGUCUCUCCAGUACCCAGUCAUUUGUCUAUGAAGAGUGACUUCUCUAUGGACCAUCCUGACCAUUUUAAAAGUGGGUCAACACACUAUGAUCCUAGUGGAUGGUCUACUCUGUUCGAAGAUCAGUCCAGGUGUGCAGUGUGUCAGCAGGUGCUGAGGGAUCCAGUCUCUAUCUCCUGUGGACACACAUUCUGCAGACAGUGCAUCAUCAGAUACUGGGAGAAACCUGCUCCUUCAGCAGACUAUGACUGUCCUCAGUGUAGAAAGAGAUCCAGAACACAUCCUCUACUACAGAAACUGAGUGAACCCAAUGAUGCAAGAAGCUCUGAAAACCUGGAUGACAGCCUACAGAGAGCUAUAGUAAACCAUAAAGACAGUCUGAAAAGGAGGUAUGAAUGUGUGACAGAAACCAUCGACAAAGCAGGGAACCAAACUCCCCUCAACAGGAUUUACACAGAGCUCUACAUCACAGAAGGAGAGAGUGAAGGGGUUAACAAUGAACAUGAGGUGUGGCAGCUAGAGACAGCAUCCAGGACACCAACCUCACAUGACACAGCAAUCCACUGCAAUGACAUCUUUAAACCCUUACCUGGCCAGGAGAGAAGCAUCAGAACUGUGCUGACGAAGGGUAUCGCUGGCAUCGGAAAAACAGUCUCUGUGCAGAAGUUCAUCCUAGACUGGGCUGAAGGGAAGGCAAACCAAGAUGUGGAGAUCAUAUUUCUGCUUCCUUUCCGGGAGCUGAACUUGAUUAAAGAUAUCCAGUACAGUCUUCUCAGACUUUUAAAUGACUUCCACACAGAACUAGACAUAGCCAAUGCAAAGAAACUCCAUGCCUAUAAAGUUAUGUUAAUCUUUGAUGGUUUGGAUGAAAGCAGACUUCCAUUGGAUUUCCAGAACAACGAAAUGGUGCCCGAUGUCACACAGACAUCAUCUGUUGAUGUUCUGCUGACAAACCUCAUCAAGGGGAAUCUACUUCCCUUUGCUCUCCUUUGGAUAACUUCCCGACCUGCAGCAACCAAUCAGAUCCCCCCUGAGUGUGUUGACCAGCUGACAGAGGUACGAGGGUUCAAUGACCCACAGAAGGAGGAGUACUUCAGGAAGAGAUUCAGUGAUGAGAACCUCGCCAGCAGAAUCAUCUCACACAUAAAGACAUCAAGGAGCCUCCACAUCAUGUGCCACAUGCCAGUGUUCUGUUGGAUUUCUGCAAUAGUCCUUGAACACAUGUUGAGUACAGACAAAAGGAGAGAGAUGCCCACGACUCUGACUGAGAUGUCCAUACACUUCCUGGUCAUUCAGACCAGACUGAAGAACCAGAAGUAUCAUGGAAGAGAGGACAUGGAUCAAGAGGAGCUCAUGGAGUCAGAUAAGGAGAUUAUUCUGAAGCUGGGGAAGCUAGCGUUUGAAAAUCUGGAGAAGGGUAAUCUCAUGUUCUAUGAAGAAGACCUGAAAGAGUGUGGCAUUGAUGUCAAAGAAGCCUCAGUGUACUCAGGAGUGUGCACACAAAUCUUUAAAGAAGAGUCUGUGUUAUUUCAGAGAGUGGUGUACUGCUUUGUUCAUCUGAGCAUUCAGGAGUUUCUCUCAGCUAUCUACAUGUACCAUUGUUACACAACCAAGAACAUGGAUGAACUGAAGCCCUUCCUCAAGAGAACGUCUGGAGCUGCAUCUGAAGAGCUAACCUUGCAUGAGAUGCUGAAAAGUACUGUGGAUAAAGCCUUGGAGAGUAAGAAUGGACACCUGGACCUUUUUGUCCGCUUCCUUCAUGGCAUGUCACUGGAGUCCAAUCAGAAACUCCUACGAGGUCUGGUGACACAGACAGAAAGCAGUCCAGAGAGCGUCAAGAAAACGAUCCGAUCCCUUAAGGUGAUGCAGAGGAAGAACGUCUCCCCUGAGAGGUGCAUCAAUCUCUUCCACUGUCUGAUAGAGAUGAAAGACCAUUCAUUACAGGAGGAAAUUCAAGUGUACUUGAGGUCAGAGAAGAGAUCCAAAAACCUCUCCCUUGCCCACUGCUCAGCACUGGCCUACAUGCUGCAGAUAUCAGAGGAGGUUCUGGAUGUGUUUGACCUGAAGGAUUACAAGACAUCAGAGGAGGGUCGUAGGAGACUGGUCCCAGCUGUGAGAGGCUGCAGGAAAGCUCUGCUCGCUGGCUGUAAACUCACAGACACAUCUUGUGAAGUGUUGGCCUCAGUUCUCAGCUCAAACCUCUCACACCUGAGAGAGCUGGAGCUGAGUAACAAUGACCUGAAGGAUUCAGGAGUGAAGCUGCUCUCUGCUGGACUGGGGAAUGCCCACUGUAAACUGGAGACUCUGAGAAUGUCAUGCUGUCAAGUCACAGAGGAAGGCUGUGCUUCUCUGGUCUCAGCUCUGAGGUCAAACCCCUCACACCUGAGUGAGCUGGAUCUGUGUAACAAUGACCUGAAGGAUUCAGGAGUGAAGCUGCUCUCUGCUGGACUGAGGAAUGCCCACUGUAAACUGGAGACUCUGAGGCUGUCAGGCUGUCUAGUCACAGAGGAAGGUUGUGCUUCUCUGGUCUCAGCUCUGAAGUCAAACCCCUCACACCUGAGAGAGCUGGACCUGAGCUACAAUCACCCAGGAGACUCAGGAGUCAGACUGCUCUCUGCUGGACUGGAUGAUCCACACUGCAGACUGGAGAAGCUCAAUGUGGAACAUGGUGGAGAGUACACAAUGAAACCUGGGCUUAGAAAAUAUGCCUGUGAUCUCACACUGGACCCAAACACAGUAAACAGACUCCUCUCUCUGUCUGAGGAGAACAGAAAGGUGACACGUAGGAGAGAGGAGCAGCCGUAUCCUGAUCACCCAGAGAGAUUUGAGUACCGUGGACAGGUGCUGUGUAGAGAUGGUCUGACUGGGCGCUGUUACUGGGAGGUAGAGUGGAGUGGGAGAGGGACUAAUAUAGGAGUGACAUAUAAAGGAAUCAGCAGGAGAGGAAGUGGUUAUGACUGUAUUAUUGGAUUCAAUGACAAGUCCUGGAGUCUGGACUGCCAUGACAACAGUUACGUAGCCUGGCACAAUAAUAACAACACUACCAUAGACGUCCCCUCCUCCGGCUCCCACAGAGUAGGAGUGUAUCUGGACUGGCCAGCCGGCACUCUGUCCUUCUGCAGAGUCUCCUCUGACACACUGACCCACCUGUACACAUUCCACACCAAAUUCACUGAGCCCCUCUAUCCAGGGUUUAAUGUUUGGGGUGAUGACUCCUCAGUGUCCCUGUGUCAGGUGGUCCCUGUGUCAAACACAACAUGAUGUUUCACUGUAAUCAUGUGUUUUAUGUUUGAUCACACACACACCAGUUUGGCAACUCUCUGUCUCUCUCUUUCCGUAACCCUGAACCCUGAGAGAAAGGUUCAGAUGCAACACACACACACACUGGACACACACACACACACACACACACACACACACUGGACACACACACCCUGGACACA